CUGUAGUAUUAAUCUGGCCCUACUAUAGCGAUGCAUUGAACUAAUUGGAUCAAGAUAAGGCAGCGGCAUCAGAUUUAUGGUUGCUUGUUGAAACAAGACACAUACUACUAGUUAUGAUUCACAAUUAAGCCAGGUUUUUUCUUGUUCUGCAUUGUGUUAUGCUUGUCAGCUGAAGCAGAAGUCUUAAAGUAUAAAAACCCAGAUGAACCCAUGAAUAUGAGGAUCAAAGACUUGAUGGGUCGAAUGACAUUGUUGGAGAAAAUUGGUCAGAUGGUUCAACUAGACAGAACUGCUGCUACUCCUGAGAUUAUGAGGGAUUACUCUAUUGGUAGUCUACUCAGUGGAGGAGGGAGUACGCCACUCUCUCAGGCCACUGCUGAGGAUUGGAUUAACAUGGUUAAUGCUUUCCAGAAUGGAUCCCUAUCCAGCCGUCUUGGGAUUCCUAUGAUCUAUGGCAUUGAUGCUGUUCACGGCCACAAUAAUGUCUAUAAGGCUACAAUAUUCCCACACAACAUUGGUCUUGGAGCCACUAGGGACCCUGCCCUUGCGAAAAGGAUUGGUGCUGCGACUGCUCUUGAAGUCAGAGCUACUGGGAUUAAUUAUGCUUUUGCCCCAUGCAUUGCGGUUUGUAGAGAUCCUAGAUGGGGAAGGUGCUAUGAGAGCUACAGUGAGGACCCGAGCAUUGUCAGGGAAAUGACAGAAAUCAUACCUGGAUUGCAAGGAGACCUUCCUUUGAAUUCACCAAAGGGUGUUCCUUAUGUUGGUGGAAGUGAUAAGGUUGCGGCUUGUGCGAAGCAUUUUGUUGGUGAUGGUGGCACCACCAAGGGUAUCAAUGAGAACAACACCAUGAUUGAUAGGCAUGGACUGUUCAGCAUUCACAUGCCAGCUUACUAUGAUGCUAUUAGGAAGGGUGUGGCCACAGUCAUGGUUUCCUACUCAAGCUGGAAUGGGGAAAAGAUGCCUGCUAACCAUGAUCUUAUCACUAAUUUUCUCAAGGAUACCUUAAAGUUCAGGGGCUUUGUUAUCUCUGAUUGGCAAGGUAUUGAUAGGAUCACCACACCCGACCAUGCAAAUUACACCUACUCAGUUCUCAAAAGCAUUCAAGCUGGAAUCGACAUGGUCAUGGUUCCCCUCAACCAUACCGAAUUCAUCAAUAUCCUGACCAGCUUGGUUGAUAACAAUUUUAUUCCCAUGAGUCGUAUUGAUGAUGCUGUUAGGAGAAUCUUGAGAGUGAAAUUCACAAUGGGUUUGUUUGAGAACCCUAUGGCCGAUCAGAGCUACGUGCACCAUCUUGGGGGCCAGAUGCAUAGAGAUUUGGCAAGGGAAGCCGUAAGGAAGUCCCUUGUUCUCUUGAAGAACGGACAGAAUGCUGAUAGUCCAUUGCUACCUCUUCCCAAAAAUGCAUCUAGAAUCUUGGUUGCAGGAACUCAUGCUAAUAAUCUUGGUUAUCAAUGUGGUGGUUGGAGUAUCACUUGGCAGGGACUUGGUGGCAACAACAACACUGCUGGAACCACAAUCCUUAAUGCAAUCUCAACUGCUGUUGAUCCUAGCACUGAGAUUGUUUACAGUGAGAACCCUAGUAGCGAUUUUGUCAAGUCCAAUGACUUUGACUUUGCCAUUGUUGCCAUUGGAGAACCUCCUUAUGCAGAGACUAAAGGAGACAGCUUGAACUUGACUAUUAUGGACCCCGGUCCUAGCACAAUCAGCAAUGUGUGUGGUGGUGUCAAGUGUGUUGUUAUCACUGUCACCGGCAGACCUGUCGUGAUGGAACCUUAUCUUCCACAAAUAGAAGCCCUUGUUGCUGCAUGGUUACCAGGUAGUGAAGGCCAAGGAGUUGCUGAUGUUCUGUUCGGGGACUAUGGAUUCACCGGAAAGCUUGCCCGGACAUGGUUUAAAACAGUUGAUCAGCUACCAAUGAAUGUUGGUGAUGCUCACUAUGAACCACUCUUCCCCUUUGGUUUUGGUCUUACUACUGAGCCUGUCAAGGAAAUGUAAUAUAGAGGCUCUAGAAAACAUUAAGCUCUAGAAGAAUAAUGAUUUUUUCGUCUAUUCUGAGGUCUUUAAGUACUUAGAUUUCGGAAUAAUAUUAGUUGAUUUAGAUUUUCAUUUGAAUGUUGAAUGGUUAGUACAAUUUCUUAA